ACGGCGCGCGUCCCCUCCCCUCCUCCGUCAACCUCCCACCCUUAUCCGCUCCUCCCUCCCACCUCCCGCCUCCUUCCCUCGCAAGCCAGCGCUAACCCCGUUCCAAUUCAAAAUCCCCUCUCCAAUCUCCAACUCCCCACCACCCAGCCCUAUAAAUCCCGCGCCUCCCCGCUCCACUCCGUAACCCACCCAUCCCACCAGAAAUCCUCCCCCCAAAUUCCCCACUGCCCCAAGCCAAAUCAAUUCCUCCGACCGACGAUGCCUGCCGCGCCGACGCUGGUGCCCGCGUGCGACGCCGAGGAGCCGCUGCUGGCGGAGUCCUCGGACCGCUUCUCCAUGUUCCCGAUCCGGUUCCCGCAGAUCUGGGAGUUCUACAAGAAGGCGGUGGCGUCCUUCUGGACGGCCGAGGAGGUGGACCUCUCCGCCGACGCGCGCCACUGGGACGAGGCGCUCUCCCCCGACGAGCGCCACUUCAUCUCCCACGUGCUCGCCUUCUUCGCCGCCUCCGACGGCAUCGUGCUCGAGAACCUCGCGUCCCGCUUCAUGUCCGACGUGCAGGUCGCCGAGGCCCGCGCCUUCUACGGCUUCCAGAUCGCCAUCGAGAACAUCCACUCGGAGAUGUACUCGCUGCUGCUCGAGACCUACAUCCGCGACGGCGCCGAGAAGGACCGCCUCUUCCGCGCCAUCGACACCGUCCCCGCCGUACGCCGCAAGGCCGACUGGGCCAUGCGCUGGAUUGACGGCGGGGAGCGCUUCGCCGAGCGACUCGUCGCGUUCGCCUGCGUCGAGGGAAUCUUCUUCUCGGGCUCCUUCUGCGCCAUCUUCUGGCUCAAGAAGCGGGGGCUCAUGCCGGGCCUCACCUUCUCCAACGAGCUCAUCUCCCGCGACGAGGGCCUGCACUGCGACUUCGCGUGCCUCCUCUACGACCUCCUCCGCAGCAAGCUCGACGAGCCCCGCGUCCGCGAGAUCGUCGCCGACGCCGUCGACAUCGAGCGAGAGUUUGUCUGCGACGCGCUCCCCGUCGCGCUCGUCGGCAUGAACGGCGCGCUAAUGAGCCAGUACAUCGAGUUCGUCGCAGACCGCCUGCUCAUGGCUCUCGGGUGCAAGAAGAUGUACAACGCCGCCAACCCCUUUGACUGGAUGGAGCUCAUCUCGCUGCAGGGCAAGACAAACUUCUUCGAGAAGCGCGUCGGCGACUACCAGAAGGCCUCCGUCAUGUCCAGCCUCAACGGCGGCGGCGCGGCCAACCACGUCUUCAGCAUCGACGAGGACUUCUGAGCUCUAUUACUGGAUACUGGUUACCCCGAUAAUCUUUAUUUGUUUUGGUCGCUUGCUAGUUCUAGUAGUAACUGUGAUACAUGUACUCCGUGACGCGUGGUGGUGUUUCAGUUGCUGUAUUACUGGUGCUUCCUGUUCGUGAUGUAAUGUAUAAUCGAUUUCUCAAUACACCCUGCUUGUUCUUGA